CAUUGACAUUGAAUAUGUGAAAUCUCCAUCUGCUGCACGUGAGAGCAGCUUUGGAAGAGUGUUGGGUGGUUGAUUGGACAACUCAGCGGGGCCUUCAGCAUCCUUCUUUGUUUUCUCUGAGCUCACAAUUGGUGCGGACAUGGGCUUCAGGAACUGUUUGAUGUCACCAUAUUCUUCACUCUCUUCCGCUUCAACCUCUUCCUGGUUCUGAAUCUCCUCACACUGACCGUCUAGCAGUCUUCCCCAGUCAAUCUCAGCUGCUCCCCGCUUCUCCGCCUUGCCCUCUUUGCGGCUCCUCUUUUUUCUCUCUCCAGCAACAAGAGAUAAGUAUGACUCCAACUCGCCUCCGUACUCGUGUGCACGGAGCAGACUGGCACUGCUGCUGGUGCGGGAAGAGACCAGACUACUCCCGGAAGAACUGGGAAGCGACAGAAGAGCUCUUGAGCUUUGCAUCCUCGUGCCCCACCCUCUCUCCUCUUGUUUACUGGUGCGCGUUAUUUGGAGUCGAGAUUCCUCAAUAAAAACCUGCUGCCUGCACGAUUGCUGAGGCAUGCAGCUGUGAGUUUGGUCAGCUAGAUCUUUCGCGGAGCAGUGGAAAUGGCCAGUUCCUUCAUCGGAGGCUGUUGGAACGAAGCGAGGGAUGAGACGGACGGCGGAAACGGAGUGCCCCUCAAGCACGAUCCGGCGUUCCGAGGCCCAAUUCGCGGCAAGAGCAGGCGACCAAAAGAUCUCAUUUGCCUUGGAGUGUUCAUAGCCUUUAUUAUCGGGAUGUUCGCCAUCGCAAUUGUUGCCUGGGUGGAUGGAGAGCCUGAGAGACUGAUCUACCCAACUGACUCCAGGGGAAGACUAUGUGGAGUCCACGACGCUGUCAGGGACAAGCCAUUUCUCCUGUUCUUUGACAUCAAGCAGUGUGCCACAGUCGUCUCUGUCUCUGAGCUGCUGGCUGGAGAAGUGGACACCGAUACCAUCUUCACCUGCCCCACUCAGCAGAUCAACUGCCUGCUGGCUCAUGACAGGUGUGUUGUGGCCGAGUGCCCGGAGGAGAAUGAGUUUGGAGUGAGAAACAACCCAGUCUGCGUAGACGAAGUGGAUCCAGACAAAUACCGCAAUGUCACUGACCUGAACUCCUUCGAUUCUGCCGGACUUAUCGCGGAUCUGGUGGGUGACAUUGCCAAUGAGAGGUGUGCACCCUACUACCUCAGGAGUGAAGCCGUUGCCCGGAGGUGUAUCCCGACCUUUCUAGACCUGCGUGGGAUUGUGAAUGACACCAUCAAUUUCGAGCCUGACCCAGCACUGAACGACACCCUAAUUAGAGAAGUCCUCACCAGUGCAUCCAUUGACUCCAUUGUCAUGGAUCAUUUCUCUGGGUUCUCCUACUACCAGUUCUACUGUUUCCAAGACACGGAGAACCUUUUCAACAGAUUCGACUCAGAGGAGGAUUCCCUGACUGAUUUUCUCAACUCGACAGAGACCCUCUCUGCCAGACUGUGCGUGCAGACUGAGGUGUUUCGCUCCUUCAUCUCGUCGCAGUUACCUUGGUUCCGCUACCAGAAGGAGACUUGGCUCGCCAUUGGUAUUAUAGGGACGGUGUUUGUGGUUGUGAUAGUCCUCAUCCUCAUCUUCCUCGGGAAGAAGAUCAGAAUCUCCAUCGCCAUCAUCCAGGAGGCGGCCAAGGCGGUGGGAGGUGUUCCAACAAGUGUGUUCUAUCCCGUUCUCACCUGGCUCCUCCUCAUAAUGCUCUUCUUGUACUGGGCCGUUGUGGCUGUGUUCCUGCUGACAGCCUCCACUCCGACCUACCGUAUUCUGGCCACCGAGACCCUGAGUGUGGAGGAUAGGACCAUCUCAGAGCUUAGCUCAGAUCCGCUCUAUAAUGGAGACAUCUGUGACAUCGAUGAGAUUAAUGCUCUGGAUCUGGAGGAGAUCAACAAUGCCUCUACCAAUGGCAGGGUCCUGGUGGAUACCACCAUGGGUGUACUGGCUGUCUACAAUGGCAGCAGAGAGAUCGGCAGAAAGAUCGGCAACAUCAGCUGCCUCUUUGACGAAUUUGUCACCUCCAAUACUCUACUGGGGAUGCACAUCUACCACCUGUUUGGCCUCCUGUGGAUUGGUAACUACAUCCUGGCCCUGGGAGAGUGUACGCUGGCCGGGGCCUUUGCCUCCUGGUACUGGGCAUACAGGAAACCCAAGGAUGUGCCGCUCUUUGCUGUGCUGGGCUCUUUAGGAAGAGCAUUCCUAUUCCACUCUGGGUCUCUGGCAUUUGGGGCCCUCAUCAUAGCCAUCAUCCAGAUGAUCAGGAUAAUCCUGGCCUACCUGCAGAGGAAGCUCAAGGACAAGACUGGCAGGAUCACCAAGAUCAUCUUCUGCAUCCUCCAGUGCUGCUUCUGGCUCCUGGAGAAGUUCUUCAAAUACGUCAACAGACAGGCCUACAUCGAGAUUGCCAUCUAUGGCUAUGAUUUCUGUACUGGAGCUUGCAAGGCGGUCAAGUUAAUGAUCAGGAACCUCCUCACGACAGCAGUCAAAGACAGAAUUGUGGCGUUUCUGCUGUUCCUGGGAAAGAUAUUUAUUGUCUGCGUAAUCGGAGUGCUGGCCUACUUAGGGUUUGGGCCAUAUCAAGACCAGGGCGAAAAGCUGUGGGGCCAACCCCUCAAUUACUACCUAAUCCCUGUCAUGGUUCUGGUAACGCUGGCGUAUUUCAUAGCGUCUGGGUUCAUGAGUGUGUUCCACAUGGCAGUUGACACCAUCUUCAUCUGUGCACUGGAAGACUACGAGAGGAACGACGGGACGGAAGAGAAGCCCUACUUCAUGAGCGACAACCUCAAGAAGCUGCUGGGAGUCAAAAACAAGUUUGACAGGACAGACGGGACUGACGGGGCCCAGCUGGCCGAGGUCUCCGGGGGUGAUAAGCUGGAGCCAGUCGACUCUAGUAGCAACCUGUGAUGAUAAACUUCUCUAACUCCCUAUCUGUCUUAGAUUGCACGAGCCAAUAACCGUUAUUAACCAUUCCCCAUAUUUUUAAUGCCGAUAUAAUUAUGUAUAUAUAGUACGUAAGUAGCCUUUAUCAGCAUCGAUUAUCGUUUUAGACUGUAUUAUAGUUUUUAUCUUAUUCCAAGUUGCUGAUAACACACAGUAUAAUAAUCAUUCAAUGCCAAUCAAAAAGGUGUGGUACUUUGUAAAAAAAUAUUGUGCCUAUUCAAAAGUGUGGCCUUCGGCCCCCAUUUCCUUCAUGAACUUCAACAUGAAUGCGGCAAUAAAGGCAGCCCCAGCGAUGUCGCUACCCUCCACUGACUUUCUGACCAUCUCCUUGGCCUUCUCAAUCUGCUCGGCUGACCCUGUAAUCUUACACUUAGCGACGGCCUCAAAGUUUAGGAAGACGUCCAGGCCCUUGAGUUGCUCAAUGUUGAUUCUAGUGCCAGUCAGGUUUUCUAUGGCCCUAACAUUUGCCCCCUUCCUGCCAAUGACUCGUCCACAAUGUUGACUCGGUAUAUCGAUUGUCUCAGUGGUCGCUAUAUGUAGAGCCGUCUUGCGACGAAGGUUCUGGACUAUGAGAAACAGAGCCUUCUUGCAGUUCUCCUUUUCGCCAAUUAUGACUACUCUUGUGUUGGCUGCCGUGUCAACUUCCUUCUUUUCAACCCUGAUUUUUGUGUCUGUCUUUGAUUCUACAACUCUGCGAUUCUUCCCGUCUCUUCCAAUGACAAAGCCAGCGACAUCUCCUGGACACUCAAAAGCAAGACAACCUAUCUCCCCACCAUCUGCACAGGUUUCAGAACUAUCGGUAGACUCAAAAACACCUGGCAUUUCUUUCUGGGUUGGUUUUGCAGCGGCACCCUUCAUCAGUCUGGAGACGGCGGAUCACUCGGUUUGCGGGAUGCAGUUGGUUGAGUAGGAGUGGAAGGGCAUGGUUUAUCUCUCUCCACAUCGUCGCCCCCGGCUUAGUGGAUCCUCCUGUUUAGACUGGGAGGGUCAAACUGUCGUCCAGCUUCAGUCGAGACAGUGGGUAGCAUCAGACCGUGGCCAUCAUCACAGGUGAAGUACCUCUUCCAAGAAAUUUUCCGAGUGCCCUCCUUCAACUACCUCAUCCAUUUCUACGCCGGCGAAGUCCAGGGCAGUCAGUGUUGACGGCCCGCACCAAUAUAAUAGAUGACUCCAUACCAUGGUUUUGGCUUGUGAUCAACUUUCACCAGUUGACCUACUUCAAAUGAGCUGGAGACACCUGCUUUAUAGGUGAGGUUUCCGAAUUCUUGGCCAACUCGGUGGCGGUUUGACUGUUUGAUGGACUGCUUGCAGACCGUCUUGGACCACUGGGUGAGGAGCUGGGUUGAAAGGAGGGGUCGUCGCUGAUUGACAUUUUCUGGAGCCUCUUCAUGCGAACUAAAUCACGUUCACUAGUGGGAGUGCCGCGAGUGGCAGCAUCACGUGCCGUUUCUUGAACCGGCAUGAUACCACCACACUCCAGCUCUGGGAGUGCACGUUGAAGAUCAUCUAGUAUGGUCCGUAUAGACCUGCUGCUCUCACUGCUUCGAUCAACUUUUGGACAGAGGCACCGUGUCCUUCACGCAUCUUCCACUGCUCGAAGAAACGGUGGAUCUGUUCCUUGAGGUCGUGCUCGUCUCCGCACACGAUAGCGUCGAUGUCUGUGGUGCUGAAUUCCAGUACUCGGGCCACCGCCUUCCAGUUUCUCCCGAUAUGGUCCUUCAGCUCCUGUAUCACUCGGGCUAGCUGGCUCCCGUCCACUGAGGCUGUCAUUUUCAAUGGAGCUAGCUAGCUAGGCGGCCGGCCAAAGUCUAGUCAC